AUGAAGGGCGGGAUCAAAAAGCGACCCGACGUGAUCGAGGUGCAGGACCUGGCGGCGGAGCGCCUGGAGUCCACGGGCGUGAUCCGGUCGCUGGGCUCGGCGCACGACCCCACGCGGUUCGCCGCACUGCGCCGGCUGCGGGCGUUCCUGGAGGGGCGGUCGCGGAUGGCGGCGGCGGACAUGGCCAAACUGUGGAGGGGGAUCUUCUACGCGUUCUGGCACGCGGACGGCGUGGCGUACCAGACACAUUUGGCAGACGAGCUGUCAGGCAUCGUGGAGGGUCUGCAAGAACAGGUUGCACCUUUGUAUGUGGCUGGCCUGUUCAGCACAAUGAGGCGAGAGUGGAUUGGUAUAGACUAUUUGCGAUUGGACAAAUUCCUCAUGCUGGUGCGAAAAUUCCUGUCCAGUACAUUCCGGAGGAUUCAUGCAUCAGGCUGGUGCUCAACACACUGCCGCUGCCUCAUGGAUGUGCUUGAGAAUGAGAUUUUCCUCCCACAAAGUGGACCAUCGGCUGCUGGUCUGGCAUACCAUGUUGCAGACUUGUAUGUUGAAGAGCUCUGCAAGGUGGUGGAUGGUUCAUGUCACAAGCUGCCAUGCUGGAGUGGGAUCAAGUUGCUUCUGCAGCCGUUCAUCAACUGCAUAUUGAAAACCAGCAAUGAAGCUCUGGUCAAGCGCGUCAGGAGCACGGUGUUCCAUGAGCUGCACCAGAGCAGCAGCCAUCUUGCCUUCGCCAACAUGCAGCCCUUGCGGAUGAAACGACUGUUCCUGGAUGCUGUCCUGGAGGCUGCCACAGAGGUUGGUAGGACUGCGGCUAUUGAGCUUGCUGAGGAAAUUGGCGAGCUCAGUGUGGCAGUGCACGAUGGCGACAUGGGGCAUGAUCAUUGUGUGGAGGUAGGCAGUGAACAUGCAUGCGCCACCAAGGCCGCUGCGACUUCUGAGGAGGGUGGAUCAUCCACAGGUGUCCACGACGGAGGCAGUUGCAGUGUGUCUGUACCAGCAAGCACAGAUGCAAAAUCAGACGGGUCAAAAGUGGGGCGCAAGAAAAGGAAGAAUGUUGCUGCGAUGGAGGCAUUGCUGAGCCUGGAUGAGCCACUUAACCAGCAACUGACCUCCAAAAAGAGGAAGAAAAUGAAGAAGCAGAUGAUGGCUGACGCCCUGGUGGCAGUGGAGGCCAGUGAGCGAAGGAAGACACAGGCUCAGGUGAAUGGGGCGUCUGAUCGUCUGGGUGAGGAAUUGGGGCUGCAGACAUCAGAUGAAGCUGGCUUUCAGAAGAAUGAGAGGAAGCGCAAAAGGAAGAAACCUGAUGGUGGCGCCAGCGAGACUCUGAAGGGGGUUCCAAACCCUACAGCCGAACAACCAAGCUCCGCCACUGCAAGGAAACAACCCAAGAAUGGGCAGGAGAUGGGUGGCACUUGUAAUGGGGCUGCCAGUUCAAAUGGCACGGUGAAAGCUCCGAAAGAUGUCACCGCUGCCCGAGCGUGGAUUGAGGACACUGCAAGUGACGAGGGUGGGGUGGAGGGCAAGGGGGCGAAGGCACUCCAACAACAAGGCGCAAGGACAGGAAACAAUAAUCAUUGUGUGGAAUUGCCAAGAGACAGGGGCCGAAAGAAAAAAGCAAAGCGUGGGAAUAGGCAAGCGACAAUGGCAGAGCAAGCGAUGGCGUGGCUGUCUCAGAUGCGCAUGGCUCUCACAGGGCCGGACCCUGAAACAAAGGAGAGGGUCGAAAAUGCCAACAAGCAAUGGGUCGAGUUCUACUCGAACUCCAAUGGGAGCAACGGGAAUGGAGCGGAGCACACGCCCCAAAAAGGGAAGCCACAUCGAGUGAAGUUUGCACUAGGCAAGAAUGUGGUUGCGGGCAUGGACAAGCCGCUGCCCCCCAAAACGCUAACGAAUCCUCCUGAGACAUCUCCCAAGGGGCCAAUUCUCAGGAGACAUUAG